UUGUUACAGAUCGAUCCGCACAAAAAUCAAUGCACUAAAACGCAAGCAAGAUGGCGCCACAAGAGCGAACUUCGUGCUGCGAGGACGAUUCCCGCCAAAACCACGCCAUAGACAACCUCUCAAACAUAGACUUAGGCUUCGUGAACAAGGGCUACCAACCUGACAGCGACAAACCCACAGAGAAUGUUGCCAGCCCGAAAAAAGAAAAAAAGGCAACGGAUUUCGACGAUUUACUGCCAUAUGUCGGGGAAUUCGGGUUGUAUCAGAAGAUAUUGUUUUUACUGAUGAUACCGUUCGCGUUUUUCGUGGCGUUCGUGUAUUUCUCGCAAAUUUUUAUGACCCUGGUGCCGGAGCAGCAUUGGUGCUGGGUUCCGGAGCUGGCGAACCUGACUGUGGAGGAGAGACGAGCCCUCGCCAUCCCCCCCAAAUCCGAGGGCCCCUUCUCCCACGACCGCUGCCGCAUGUACUCGACGAACUGGACGCAGGCGCUGGCCGAGGGCCGGACGACGCCGGACGACGAGUGGCCGAUAGUUCCUUGUACCAAGUGGGAGUACAAUAGGAGCGACGUGCCGUAUGACACUAUAGCUAGUCAGCUGGACUGGGUGUGCGAGAAGGAUAACCUAGCGGCGACGUCUCAGGCCAUCUUCUUCUGCGGGGCCAUAGUGGGGGGCCUGCUGUUUGGCUGGAUCGCCGACAAGUAUGGAAGGAUACCGGCUUUAGUAGGCACAAAUCUGAUCGGCUUCGCGGCUGGCGUCGGAACUGCGUUCAGUCACAGCUUCUGGACCUUCUCCGUAUGCCGGUUCCUCGUCGGCUUCGCCUUCGACAACUGCUUCACUAUGAUGUAUAUCCUGGUUCUCGAGUACGUGGGACCAAAAUGGCGGACAUUCGUGGCCAACAUGUCAAUCGCUCUAUUCUUCACCUUGGCGGCGUCUCUGCUGCCAUGGAUAGCGCUGUUGGCCGAUGACUGGAGGACGUUCGCGUUGGCGACAAGCGCGCCUUUCAUCAUGGCUGCGGCCACGCCCUGGCUGGUGCCGGAGAGUGCCAGAUGGCUGGUGUCGCAAGGAAAAAUCGAGAAGGCCCUGACAAUCAUGAAGAAAUUUGAAAGGAUCAACAAAACGAAGAUUCCGGAGAAGGUUCUCAGUGAUUUCACGGAGUCAUCCCUAAAAACCAUCAAAGAAAACGAGGCCGAAAACCGGACAUACUCCGUCCUCGACCUCUUCCGUACGCCUCGUCUGCGGCGCAACGCGAUACUUCUCAUCGUCAUCUGGAUGGCUAUCUCGUUAGUCUUCGACGGCCACGUCAGGAACGUGGGGUCUUUAGGCCUCGAUGUAUUCUUAACAUUCACUGUGGCCUCGGCUACUGAGUUACCCGCUGAUACGUUCCUCACUGCUGUUCUAGACAGAUGGGGCAGAAGAUGGCUCGCCUGUGGUUCCAUGGUAAUAAGUGGCGUGUUCAGUUUACUGGCCACUGCUGUACCAGUUGGUGGACCUUCGGCCUCGCUAGCCAUCCUCGGCCGCUUCGCCGUGAACAUCUCUUACAAUAUCGGACUCCAAUACGCGGCUGAACUACUGCCUACUGUCGUAAGGGCGCAAGGCGUAGCGCUCAUCCAUAUCAUGGGCUACGUAGCCAGUAUAGUGGCGCCCUUCGUUGUCUAUUUGGCCACCGUAUCGCAGGAACUUCCCCUCCUGAUCCUGGGCGUCCUGGGCAUCGUCGGGGGCCUGCUCUGCCUGUUCCUACCAGAAACUAUGGACACGGAGAUGCCUCAGACCCUCCAGGAUGGGGAGAACUUCGGCAAAGACCAGAAGUUUUGGGACAAUCCCUGCUUCAACAGAAAAAAAGCCGAAAACGACGAAGAAAACCCGGGCCGCUACACCAAACGGAACUCGGUGACCCAACCCCAAGAGUUCGUGAGAGCCAUCCCUUCCAUCGGCUCAAGGGCAUCCAUUCGAGCUUCCAUCAGGGCCUCCAUGAGGUCCAGGAGACAGGAGAAUGGAGUUUGAGGUCAAAGUACUGAUAAUUGAUAGUUUUGGUUGUGACUACGCUUAUAUACUGUCAUGUGAUAUUGCUGAUCUGAUUUGGCAUCAGAAAAUUUGACUAUCAGCUCUUUGGCAAGCUAAGUGAUUUGAUAGGUAGAGCUUUUGAUAGCCAAAGAGCCUCAAAGAGCUUUUGACAAAGAGCCUUUGAUAGGCAAAGAGCUUUUGAUAGCCAAAGAGCCUCAAAGAGCUUUAGGCAAAGAGCCUAUGAUAGGCAAAGAGCCUCAAAGAGCUUUAGGCAAAGAGCCUAUGAUAGGCAAAGAGCCUCAAAGAGCUUUAGGCAAAGAGCCUUUGAUAUCCAAAGAGUCUCAAAGAGCUUUAGGCAAAGAGCCUUUGAUAGGCAAAGAGCUUUUGACAGGCAAAGAGACUUCGUCUGGGAAAGAGCCUUUAACAGACAAGAGCUAUCUAAGGCAAACCUUUGACAGGCGAAGCGCUUUUGACAGGCAGCUCUAAAGCAAGGAGCCUGCAAAGAGCAUUUGAUAGGCAAAGAGCUUUUGUCCGAUAGGGCUAAAGACUUUUGACAAGCUAGUCUACAGGAUCCGACUUAGGAAUGUAA